GGGAUAGACGCAACUAGCAUCUAGCAGCAGCAAUAGUUGGAAGCGACGACCGACGACGACUACAAAAGAUCUCUCCUAGUUUUGCUUUUUGCCUGAGACUUUGAUGCUUUCUUUUAAAUUUCGAACAAAUGGAAACCAUGGCGACUUUUGAUGCGUUUCAAUCUUUGAAGUACUUUUUCCGGGUGUAUUACGAAAUUAAUUAUGAGUUCUAAAGAGGUUGAUGAGAAAAUUGCUAGCCUGGGGCUGAGAGAGCAAAGGUUCAGGGUCAAGCCCAUGCCCAGUCUGCGCGAACUGGGCAUCAGGUUCAUCUUCAAGAACGCAAACAUCUUCUCCAGAGAGCCAGUCAACUACUUAGGAAAGCUGCCUUACAACCUGGCGCAAGAUCUGCUUGCUUUGUGCGUGUCUGCUAAGGGGCCUUAUGAUGAAGAUGAAGAAUAUGAAAUUAAAAAAGCAGAGAGGGAGAAGACUGUAUCCCUGGUCAAACGUCUGCUAAACGUUCCAAAUAGCAACAUCAAGAGCUUGGACAUUCUGGGCAUGUUGCAUGUGGGCGAGGACAACUGCUACAACUUUGUGCAACUGGCACUGAAGAACUGCCCUAAGCUGGAGUAUGUGAGCGCCCCCUGUCCUCUGCUUCCUUCUGCUUGUGCCAACAAGACCUUGCAGUUGGCCCAGUCCAUCGUCACCAAAUGGAGCAAACUCAGGUCGCUUGACCUGAUGGGUUUCUUCAUCACCGACGCUGCCAUGAAAUUGAUCAGUGAGAAGUUGCCUGACUUGCAGAGGAUCAACUUGUGCCUCUGCAAGGAUAAGUUCACUAUGGCAGGUGCGGAUUUUCUCAUCAAGUUGAAAAAGUUGACUGACCUGGAGCUCUCUGUGCAAAAAUAUGAUUUGCACAUGCAGUUUUUUGCGAACCUUCUGAUUAAAAUCCCAGGCAACCAUCCAAGUUUGCAGCGGAUCCACCUCAACUAUUUUGAAGACAGUCCUUUCAUUGUUACUGACUUUGUAGAUUUCUUUGGCAAAUACUUCCCUGAAAAAGAGUUGACCCUGGAUCAAGUGUUUGUGAUUGAGCCUCUUAGGCGCCUUUGGUCUCCAAACCUGCAAGUCAACAGUGUCAUUUUGUCACCCUCAGCCUAUGCUACUGACAUAGGCUUCCGCAGUCUUUGCGCUAUGCCCUGUGGAGUCUCAGAGCUUGUACUCUUUCAUCUUGCCGACCCCGAGCUGCUUUACAAACUGCUAGAAAAGCUGGGACCUCAACUGAAGAAACUCUGGCUGUUGGACAGGAUCACCAGUAACAUCAGUUCACAAAAUUCAUGCACCCUGAACCUAUUCAGAGUGAUGUCCCUGUGCCCAGCCCUUGAGCACUUCUCCACCAACUGCCUGAUGCCUCUGCAGGCUGAGCCAAAGUACAAUCUCACACCACAACACUUUGCCAAUAUGAAAAGCUUUCAGCUGGAUGGAGAGUGCAAGUUCAUGGGCACUCGGAGUGUGCAGACAUUCUUUGAAAUUUUUGAAAUGGUCAUGAAAGGCUCCAAGUGCCUUUAUGUGCUCGAUCUUCAGAACAAGCUCCUUUUGCUGAUGACUGCCAAAUUCCUGAAAACAAAUCCUAAUUGCCUGCCUCAGGUGAAAGUCUUCAAUGCUGUUUACAAUGAGACUGGAAGCAAUAUUGAAGAAAUCAUCGCUACCAUUGGAAAACAGCUAAUGCUGUGCUCCCCCUUCCUCAGCAUGAUUGAAAUCCACGGCCUUAGCGAGGACAUGCUUCCCAUUUGGUUCCUGGACAUGGCAGCUAACCUGGGGGUGCAAAUCAAGGCCCGCAUCCAUUACAACUGCUCAGGCUUCAGUCAUGUGUUCCUCAACCGCAUUCAUGUCUUCUCCAGCUCCAGCCUUGUUGGUACCUCUGUUGAGGCAGAAAAUCGCAAAAUUUGGCUCGCAAAGUAUUACAGAGCUUUGUUGCAAGUCUAGGUGCACACUCGCCUAUAGUAAUAUAAGUUAUCGUCUAUUGUGAGUUUCGCAACCUAACAAAGUGAAUUUUGCCCUUAAGCUGAAUUGAUGCAAAACAUAACUUGCCAUUUUUCGUACACAUAUUUUUAUUCAGUCAGCAUUAACCUUUAUUUGCAAAAUUGCUAAAAUCAAAAUUUUUCCUGCAUCCAAGUUAUAGAUCACAUAAUUAUUCUCUAAUUAUAAGAGCAACGCUUGUUGUCGGCAGCUGGCUCAGCAAACAGCAAACCAAUCCGGCGUACGAAAUGCUUAGAUGAAAGCAUAAUAUUCAAAAUGAUUCAGUUUUAUUAAAUAUAAUAAAUUAUCACUGCAAG